UUAAAGCAGUUUCCACACAUUCGUGUUGGAUUUUCAAAUGCUCAGUGAUAUUCAUUGAGAUUAAUUGAACUGAUUCACUCUUUCAUUGACAAUAGCAUUAUUUUGCUAUUAAAAAAAAAGGAAACUAUUGAAUAAUAGAAGACAUGAUUGACGAAGUGAAAAGGGAGAGAGCCGAUCAAUGGAUGCCAUAUUAUACCAAUGAGGUUUACUUUGGGGCAGACAGUCUGCCAUUGGGACCCAGAGGAUAUUCCCCCCCAGAACAUCACUACCAGAGCUAUGGCCCCCCGUGUGAUUCAACGACUGGGGGAGAUCCAGGAAGGCUUGGUAACCCAAUGGGAAUACUGCCUUCACCAAACCCAAACGGAUUCCCUGAGACUGACUCCAAUGAAUCAGAGUUUCCCAUGCUGAAAUCAGUUUACCGACGGACUUUAAGCCACGCCAAGCCACCGUAUUCCUAUAUUUCUCUCAUCUGCAUGGCUAUCCAGCAGUCGCCAGCCAAGAGACUGACUUUGAAUGAGAUCUACGACUGGAUACGGCAACUCUUCCCAUACUAUAGACAGAAUCAACAAAGAUGGCAAAAUUCCAUCCGACAUUCCCUCUCAUUCAAUGACUGCUUUGUACGUGUACCAAGAUCGCCAGACUCACCAGGAAAAGGUUCGUACUGGGCCCUACAUCCUGACUCUGGGAACAUGUUCGAGAAUGGCUGCUAUAUGCGUCGCCAGAAGCGCUUCAAGUGUCAGAAGGAAACGUCACCAGCAAAGACCCCUUUGAAAAAGGCAGAUGGAGAUAUUUUGAGAGAGGAAGGGAAGAAAAAAAAGGCUGAGGUGAAGUCAGCCAUCUCUUCUUGUAAGUCACCUCUACCCUCUCCUUCAGCUGACACCACACCACGGCAUUCAAACAUACCAGCAUCAUAUCCCACCACCAAAGCAUCUUCUUCCCUGCUUCCCCAGCACCAUACUCAGUCGCACACUUCAUUCCUUCCCCAGCCUUCAGAGAUCUCAACACACUUGCCCUCUCUGCAUGUACCUUUCCCAACAAUGCCCAGCCCCAACCUACAGUCUCUGCCCCCGACUUCUAUGGAAAUCAACAUGCACAAUGAACCAGCUACCCAACACCUCAUCUCUGUUCCACAUCUCAUGGACUUCCAGUACUACGAGUCCACUGUGAGUUACCCAGUUUACAGCCAAUCUAAUUCCUAUCCUCACAACCUCACCUAUUUCAGAGGAAAAGAAGAAUCCUCAUACGCAGGAGACUCUGUGUACUACCCUGGAUUUAGUAUGUGUUCCACACCCCUUCUGAGCUCUACCUGA